AUGAUCCAGCUGAUGGUACUGCUAUACAAUUGGGUGUGGAAAAACGAGUAUACGCCAAGUAGAUGGAGGGAAGGAGUGGUUGUGAACUUGUUUAAGAAAGGAGACAAGACUGACCCAGGAAACUACAGGGGGAUCACACUGUUGAACACAGUAGGAAAAGUGUUCUGUAAGCUGCUGAACGAUAGGAUAGUGGGAGUAUUGGAGAAGGAACAUACUAGCAUUAGCGAGGGCCAGGCAUGUUUGCGAAAGAAGAGGGGGUGCGACCACGUGUUCACGGUAGGGAGAAUCAUCCAAGGUAGAAAGAGGGCGGGAAAGCCGACGUACUGCUUCUUCCUGGACGUGAAAAAGGCAUACGACACCGUAUGGAGAAAUGGGUUGUGGAAACAACUGUCCAAAUACGGGAUCAAGGGGAAAAUGUGGAGAGUGCUGAAGAAGAUGACAGAGUGCACGAAAAGCGCGGUCAUGCUAGACGGAGAACUGUCAAAAUUCUUCGACAUUGAGCAGGGGGUCCCACAAGGUUGCACGCUGUCCCCAACAUUGUUCCAGGUGUUCAUCAACGAUCUGUUGGAAGUCGUAGAGGCAGUCCGGAAGGGAGUAAAAGUAGGGGACACGGAAACGUCGGUUUCAGGAAUGCUGUUUGCGGAUGAUUUUGUCGGUAUGUCGGACACCCCUGAGGGACUGCAACUGCAAAUUGACGCGGCGAAGAAGUUUACUGAUAAGUGGAGAUUGUCUGCCAACGUUCAGAAGAGUGCCGUCAUGGUAUGCAACGAGAACAAGGAGGAACCAGUAGAACAUAGAUGGAAGUGGGGGAUCGAGGAGAUUGCAGUAGUGGACCAGUGCACAUACCUCGGAGUAGGGAUCGCGAAAGACUGCUCGUGGAAUGCACACAUGUCCAAGGUAGCGGAAAAGGGCAAAGCACGAGCAGGGAAGCUGCACCCAAUACUCGCAAACCGGCACCUCGAUACACGCAUCAAAUUGACGGUUUUGAAGAGCGUAAUCGUACCGCCGCUAGAGUACGCCGGAGAAGUAUGGGAAGGAAAUAAGAAGGUAGUGAAAGAACUCGAGGCGGCGCAGAUGAAAGCAGCGAAAAUCAUCCUAGGAUGCUCCAGGCGCACAAGUAAUGCAGCCGUGAGGGCAGAAUUGGGGAUCCAAUCCCUACGGUCGGGAAGAGACGCGAGGAAGCUGACCUGGCAGUAUCGCAUGUGCGGGAUGGGAGAGGAGAGGUUGCCGAGAAUUGUAUGGGAGGCGAAGUGGGCAAACAAAAAGAGGAGUAGACAACCUACGGAAUGAGUCAAGCUUGUAAAGGACGAAUGGA